AUGAAGAUCAUGACGUACAAUAUGUGGCUCACUGCACUCACGUUGAAAACACCACCACACAAAGCAGAGAGGAUACAAGGGUUGUUGCAUAAUCUCGCAACUCAACCAUCGGCUGAAGAUGUGGAUGUUAUUGCUUUACAAGAAAUGUUCACAUUCGGGAGUAGUUGGUUGUUGCAAGGAAAUACAGAAUUGAGAGAGCAGUUGAUAGAAGGAGCACGAAAACUUGGAUUCACCCAUGUGGCUUUAUCAGAUGAAGCAAAAUUCCUGAUGCAAGACUCGGGUUUGAUGAUUUUAUCAAAGCAUAAAAUUGUUGAUCAUGAAAAUUAUAUUUUCAAAUAUGCCAGCUGGACAGAAUAUAUUGUUGCAAAAGGAAUAUUAUAUGCUUUGAUUGAGAAGAAUGGAGGUGAUUUAAAUGAGGAUCGCGAAUAUGUGAUGGUUUUUUGUGUACAUAUGGAUGCUCACACGGAUUCAGCAAGGAGAGAACAAAUUAAAGAGCUCAAGCAGUUUGUAACGAUGAAAUUGGAAACAGCGGCCACAGAGAGAAAUAUUUCAUUUCAUGAAAAUGGCAACAAUCGAGUUGUUAUUUGUGGAGAUUACAAUAUCAAUAGUUUAAGAUCAACAGAAGGAAGCACCUAUCGACUGUUGGCACAGGAGAUGAGACAAAUUACGAGUGACGUUUCAUUAAGCAAUGCAUUUGGGGAGGAAGAAACGACACAUCCUGUGACCUUUCCCACAAGGCUGUUUGGAGACUGGUGUUUGGAUCAUGUAUUUGUUUCUAAAGGAAGCUGCCAAGUCAAGUAUGAAGUGUUGCAGUGGAAAACUUCACCAAGUACGUCUGAAGAAGAAUGCAUUCCUGUGUCGGAUCAUUAUGGUGUUUUGUGCAUAUUGGGAUUGACAGUGUGCCUCUGUAAAUAA